AUGGUGAAGAAAAAUGAGGAGACCGAGACCGAAAAUAUCGAUCAAGAUGAAGAGAAUGAUGAAACUGAUAUCAAUGAUAGUAACGAUGACGAUGAUUUCGAAUCGAUAACCCGAGAAGAAGACGAGCAAAUCACUGCUCCUUACGUCGAAAUGAAUCGGAAGAAGAAGAAAGCCUUGUUGGAAUUCAGGUGCAGGGUCGAAGACGCGAUCCUGGGAAACUAUCUUUUGGGCAAGCCGAACCAGUUCCUCUCAAGAACCGAAAUCAUGAGGCAGAAGGAGAUCCUCCGAGAGAUUACUCUCUGGGACGUGCCGUUGUUGCCGAGCAAAGGCCACGAAGGGACAGACAUUGUGCUUCUCAGGUUCCUCAGAGUCAAGGACUUCAAAGUCAACGAAGCCUUCCAAAUGCUCCGGCGAACUCUCAGAUGGCGAAAGGAGUACAAGGCCGACGAGAUUCUUGAUGAGAAGUUGGGCCCGGAUGUUGAAAAGGUUAUGUGUUUGGACAGCCGAGAUAGGGAAGGUCGUCCUUUGUGUUAUAGUGUUUAUGGGGCUUUCAGAGAUAGGGAAGUUUACAAGAGAGCCUUCGGUUCGGAAGAGAAUGGUGGGGAGUUCUUGAGGUGGAGGAUUCAGUGCUUGGAGAAGGGAAUAAAGAAGCUCGAAUUCAAGAAUGGUGGUGUGGAUUCUAUCGUCCAGAUUUCGGACUUCAAGAACUCUCCCGGACCGGUUAUGAAAGAGCUCCGUUCUGUUAGCAAGAAAGCAAUGAUUUUGAUUCAAGACAACUAUCCUGAACUCAUUCACAAGAUUAUUGUUAUCAAUGCUCCAUUAUGGUACUAUGCGGUUCACAUGUUACGAUCAAGAUUCUUAACCCAAAAAACAAAGAGCAAGUUUGUGUUCGCUAGGGCCCCAAAGGUUACCAAGACACUUCUCAAGUUUGUAGCAGCAGAGAGCCUUCCAGUUCAAUAUGGUGGCCUCAAAAGAGAAAGCGACCAAGACUUUUCGCCUCUCGACAAGGCUUCGGAGCGAAAAAUCAAUGGAAAUUCAACUGCCUACAUUGAGUUUCCAGUUUCUGAGGCUGGUUUAACAAUGGUCUGGGAUUUAAGUGUGGUUGGAUGGGACGUGACCUAUAAGGAGGAGUUCAUUCCUGAUGACGAAGGAUCAUACAAGAUUUUACUCAAAAAUCAGAAGAGAAUGGGAGAGAAUGUAAGAAAUUCAUUCUACAUUCGUGAACCUGGCAAAAUAUUGAUUACCAUUGACAAUGGGACUUUCAAGAAAAAGAGAGUUCUUUACAGAUCUAAAGCCAAACCUACAAUCCCCAUGUACAUCUUUUUCAAGAAUCAAUAG